CGGAAACGAACUGUCUUCCUUCCACAACUCUCUUCUCUCAAGUCUCAUCCCCACCAUUCAUUCAUGGCCACGCAAUAUUAACUCUUGAGUCUUGACCCCAUCCAAAGCCUUAUAAUUCCAUGUGGUAGAUUUAUUUUGUGAUCAGAAACUGGCCUUUUCCCAGUUUUUCUUGGAAAAUUCUGAUCUGGGUCUUUGUUAUUUUUUCUUGGAAAAUUCUAGUUUGUGUACAAUCUCUUUUGUCUGUUUGGGGGUGUUGUUCUUGUUCUUGUUCUGGUUUCUUGUGUUUUUACAUGUUAUUUUGGUCUUGGAAUUGCAGCUGUUGGUUGGUUUUGGAUUUGGUUUCAAGAAACAGGCAGUUAAAUAUGUUUGGUUCAGGCAUGAAUUUGAUCACAACUCUCAUUGGUUUUGGAAUGAGUGCAGCUUUUAUUGUGUUUGUUUGUACAAGAAUCAUUUGUGGGAGGAUUCGAGUGGCCCGGGAGAGACAAAUGUUUCAGACUGAUUCUAGGAUUGAUCUGGAACAGCCAGAGCAACAGAUUGGAGCCCUUGAACCAGUUGUAGUUGCUGCCAUACCCACCUUGAGGUUCAAUCAGGAGGCCUUCAGUUCUGUAGAAGAUGCACAAUGCUCAAUAUGCUUAGGUGAAUACCAAGAGAAAGAAGUUUUAGGAAUCAUGCCCACGUGUGGCCACAACUUUCACCUUUCUUGCAUCGACGUAUGGCUAAGAAAACAGUCCACAUGUCCUGUCUGUCGCUUGCCAUUGCAGGACACUUCUGAAGCAAAACGAAUGAGAACAGCAACAUUCAGGAUGGCUCAAUCUAUGGAUGGCCCUGAGGCUUCAGCUGACCAUUCCAUUGGAAACCAAAUCAACCAACUGCAUCCUGAUUCUGCUACUUGAAUUUCAGACAUGAACACAGGACAAGCAGGAAUGCGAAAUUGAUUGAGCAAAGAGAAAUGGUCUGCCUGGUCAAAAGAUCAAAGGAUCAAGUACAUAAUGACUAUUGCUGGGAUUCUGUACACCUUAUUUGUACAUAAAUUGCCAUUCCUUCAUUUGAUCGUGGGGUAGCACUGAUUGAGCUGUGGUGUAGCUGAUUCUCAGAAGCAUCUUCUGGGUUGGAAUUGAAAGAGAAAG